AUGACACAAAGUGUAAGAAAUAAAGUAAAAUGCGGAAAAUUAAUUUAUUAUAAUGAAAUGUUUGGCAUAUUGGUCGUAUUUUCCUGUGUACUCGCACUCGCUGCCACCCGUUCCGUCAACUACUGCGGUGCGAGCAUGUGUGGAGGCAGAAAUACACAUACUUUCUGCCGGUAUCCAAAAGGCCCAAGUUCUGAGUGCGUUCAGUAUAAAGACGCCAGGCUUAGAACACACGAGAAGACGAGAAUCGUGGCGCGGCUCAACAGUCGCAGGAAUGAAGCGGCAUCCGGAGCAUUAUUGGGCUUCCCCCCAGCUGGAAACAUGUUGAAAUUGCAAUGGGUUGAGGAGCUGGCUCGCGAGGCCCAGCGUUGGGCAGACCAGUGUCGCCCGCCACGGCCCAUCGAAGAACACGAUGCUUGUCGUGAUCUAUAUUCAUUGACAGUCGGUCAGUGUGUGUCGUCGGUAGUGGGCGAAACGCCAGUCCGAGUUGAGCAAAUGGUAGACAUUUGGUACAUACAAAGCACGUUCUACAAUAACAGUAUCACCUCCUAUGUGCCAUCCUUUGGGCGAAAAGUAAUAUGGUGGGCUGUGGUCGCAGUCGAUUUAAGACACUUUGGCAAGGUGAACUUAGAAGUGUGGAGCGUUUAG